UCAGAAAAUUCAUCUUUAGGUUUUUAAUUCUCUUCCGCCCAAUUUGGAAACGAGAGAAAGGAGAUUUCUGAAUUCCCGAUCACCGGCGAUGGAAGGGAGAGAUGACGGCGGAGGAAAAGUUAUCGGGUUGAUAGAGAAAGCUACCAAAUCGUCUGCGCAAGAGGUUGACCCGAGGCUCCUCAAGGCGAUCAAAUCAACUCUUCGCUAUUCCGAUUCGGAGGUCCGACUCGGUGCCAAAACCCUAAUGGAGCUCAUGAAACAUAACCACUCUCAGGUUCGAUUAUUGACGCUUCUCAUCAUCGACGAGCUAUUCAUGAGAUCAAAGCUAUUCAGAACACUAAUUGUCGAGAAGUUUGAUCAGCUCUUGAGUUUAAGCGUUGGGUUUAGAAACAGCCUGCCUCUUCCUGCGCCACCCGCUGUCGCCACCACUUUGCGUACAAAGGCUAUUGAGUUCUUGGAGAAGUGGAAUUUGUCAUUUGGGUUACACUACAAGGAGAUUAGGCUUGGUUUCGAUUACCUUAAGAACACCCUCAAGCUCAAGUUCCCUGAUCUGCAGGCAACCGCUGCACGGAGACAAAGAGAGAGGCUUGAGAGAGAGGAGAGGACGAAGGAGAUUUUGAGAAGCAAGUUUGAGUCUUUGAGGGAUGGGUUUGGAGUCUUGAAGGGUGAGAUUGAGGAGACGAUAAAGGAGAUCAAGGAGGGUCUGGAGAUUGUUCAGUGGAGAGGGGAUGAUGGUGUUCCACUUGCGAUUUUAGAUGAGGAAGAUUACGAGGAGAUUCGGUGUUCUCAUCUGAGGCAGAUUCGUAUGGAUUCGCUGAAGCAGUCUGAUAAGGUUGAGGAAACUAGUGAAAACAGAGUGGUGUUCGAUGUGUUGAGGGAACAGGGCAAGCUUCUGAUGAAAAAGCAUUUGGUCUCGGUUCAAGAUGGGAUCUCACUUCUCAUCAGGGUUGAUGUAAAUGAUAACAGGACCAGAGAUUCCAUGUUGAAAGAGUUGAUUGAUAUUAGGAAUAGCAUAUUAGCAACUGAGAAGAAAUGUGAGCAAGCUGGUUUUAUAAUCUCGAGAAUGAUUGACAUUCCAGAGAAAGAAGAAGAUGAAGAAGAAGAUAUCUGGGAGGAAGAUGAUGGUAAGGUUGGAUCUGAUCCAGUCAAAAAGGUGGCUCCUUUGCCGAGAGUUCAAAACGGUGAGGGUUCGUCCUUACAAUCAUCAAGUGAAGCAAAUAGGUCUACACUAGAAUCUAUCUCCAACAAGGCGUCGAGUACUAAAAAGGUUAGAAGAAGUGGUGAUCCUCUUAGGGAUAAGCUAAUUUCUGAAGCACCGGUGAUGAGUUGGGGAGCACAGCUGAGUAAUUGGGACUCAACUACGGAAGUUCGAGCUAACCACCGAGGCUUAGAGGUAGAGAGCCACUGGGGCAGGGUGGAUCAAGACGCUGUAAUUCCAGCAGAUAAAAUAGCAGCACUGAAUCUUCAGGCAACUGUCUAUAGAGAAGAGAGAACAGAGAUACCUCCAUGCCAUGCUCCUCUGAAGAAAGGUGGUCUUUGUCAGAGAAGAGACCUACGAGCCUGCCCGUUUCAUGGACCCAUUGUACCUCGGGAUGAUGAAGGAAACCCCAUAAUCAUAGAUGAGAGUCAAAACCAAACCUCUUCGAGUCCAGGGAUCAACCAGGAGGAUGUUUCUAUGGAUGAAACAACUUCAGAUUCUGAUCCUAAUCAGUUAGCUAGGCAAAUAGCGAAACAAGCUCUGAAGAAUAUCAGGGAGAAAGACAGAGAAGAGUUGAGGAAAAUAGCAAAGCGAGCAAAGCAUGCUAAGGUUAAGGAACAUAACUUUUCAGUUCUGCGUGAUGCUGCUCUAGCCUCAACUUCUAAAUCAGCUGUCAUCGACGAAGAGUUUGAUAGAGUUUUUGCUGAAAGGAAAAACAAGAAGCAAACCUUUUCCUUGGCACGGCGUAAGAAGACAACAACGGCUAAAGAUAGAAUAUCAGAGAGACUGUUAAGUAACCGGGCAAAAGGUACUAAACCGAAGCAGUUGCCUCAGGGCAAUGAUGAUGAGAAGUACCGGGAAACAUCGGCUAACCAGUGGUAACAAAUAAACUAAAACCUUCCUAGGUUAGUAGUCAUUCUCGGAUCCUGAAAGGCCAUAAAUUUGAUUCUUAUAUGCAUGAAUAAUCAGAUUGUAUAAUGAUUGAUCUCUGUGUUACUGAGGCAAAACUUGUGUAGAAACAGUUCUUAUGUCAGAUCUUAGAUUCUCUGGAGCUUUUUCUUUU